UAUUUUGUAAUACUAUUCAAACUUUCAUUGCAAACGGCAGCUUUGCCUUAUUAGCGGACGCAAGAUCAAGAAGUCACCAGAGAGACACAUUCGGUCCGAUCCUUAAACAUGCUAUAUAAAGAACCAUCCGCAUUACUUCAAUUCAUAUCAUCAAACCAAAAAUCAAGAAAAUGAAGAACACAAACGUCUUACUCUCCACCCUUGUCGUUCUCAUCAUCACAAAUUUGCAGAUCAUAUUCGCAGCUACUGAUGCAGUUCUCGACACAGACGGCCAGGAGCUCCAUACCGGCACAAAAUACUACAUACUCCCCGUGGUCCGAGGCAAUGGCGGAGGCCUCAAGUUGUACAGUGGAAGAACCAGCGAAUGCCCUUCAGACGUCGUCCAAGAGGGCGGUGAGCUCAACAACGGUGUCCCUGUCACAUUUUUCCCUGUAAACCCUAACGAGACCACAGUACGAGCAUCCACAGAUUUGAACAUUGAAUUCUCUGGCGGCUCGGCCUGCCCGCAAUCCACUGUGUGGAGGCUCGAUGGAGGCGAUGCAGGUUCGAAUCAACGAUUCGUCUCAACCGGGGGAGUUAUUGGAAAUCCUGGCAGUGAUACAUUAAGUAACUGGUUUAAAAUAGAGAGGCUCGAGGGGAACAACAAUUGGUAUAAGCUUGUGUUCUGUCCCGGGGUGUGCGACAUUUGCAGACCUGUCUGUGGUGACCUUGGUAUCUUAAUUGAAAAGAGUGGAACCAGACGCUUGGCUUUGAAUACUGAGAAAGCUUUUCAGGUUUUCUUCAAGAAGGCUUAGGCUUCUUACGACGCAUCGACAAGCAUGCGAGGGCUUGAUUAAUUAUUAUGUAUAAAAUAAAUCACGAUCUUGUUUGAUGUUUCGUGGAUUAUGAUAUGUAGUACAUAUUUGAAUAAAGCAGCUGGAUUACCAGUUUGCAUUUACCUUGUAAAAUGAUGUGGAAAAGCAGAUUUAAUUACCAUAUAAUUAUACGAUUCGAGCAUUUUUGCACCA